GGCGUUUUGGUGGGCGCACCUACAAAAUAGAAAAGAUUGGUGUUGGUCAAUCAAUCCCACCAACUCAUGCUUUUUUUCCAUAAUUUCAUCAAUUCAAUUAAUUACACGUUGCAAGCAAUGGAGACUACUAGGGUUCGAGAGAGGGAUGCAGUGGCCAGGGCAGACGGCAGCUUCCACCGACGACAAGGCUCCAGGCGGCGGAUUCCAGGUUUCAAUACUCAGUUAUCAGGUGGAUGUUUUUCUGCAAAACAAGAGGGACAAGUGGGGGAAAAAAUUUGGAUUUGUUCGAAUGGUAGGAGUGCAAAAUGAGGCACAGAUGGUGAAAAAGCUGAAUGAGAUUUGGUUUGGGCUGUAUAAGUUGAGGGUGAAGAUGGUUGAUAGACCACGGAAGCGGCUUCCUGAACAGACGAAGGCAUCAGGUGCAGAAACUAGGAGGCGGAGAACGAUUAGAUUGGUGCAACUAGGCCACUCUUAUGCACAGGCGGUUGUGGGGAAGAAUAAGUGGGUUGAAAAGCAACAGCCACAAGGCAUGAUAGCAAUGGAGAAGGUAUCAGUUAAGAGACAUGAGGAUCGGGAUAUGGAGCAGAGGGUAUUGGGUGCCGAGAAUGAGGGAGAGGGAUUGGGUGCAAAGGAAAAGGUACAGAAAAAGAGUAUGGGUGCAAAUAGAGAGUUUAUUAUUGCAUUUGAGCCUACAAAGGAAGAAAGUCAAUGGUUGGAAGGGAGCAUGGUCGCUGUUUUGAAUUCUUUAAUGUUAGUGACAGGUAUCCAGGAGAGAAUGGGUGUGGAUGGAGGGUUGCUUGCGUUAUUUCCAUUAGGGGGAAGUUCAGUGCUGCUUCUUAAAAAGGUGAAGGGCUACCUCGGAAGAACAUUCGGGGAGGUGGUGAGGGUGCAUGAGGAUACCAAAUCCAAAGCUGUUUUGAGUGAAGGAAGGGUACUGGUUCUUUGUUCAGUUACACACAGUAUUUCACCUGUGUUGAAAUUGAAGGUAGUUAGACAGCUACAUGAGAUACAGGUAAUGGAGGAGGGAUGGAGAUCAGACUCAAAUUGGUGGCUAUCAGAGGGUGACCGACGGAGUACGACGGGGACAUCAUCGGAAUAUUCCUCCACACAUAUUGAUAGUGAGGAUAAAAGAUUUAUUGAUGACGAGAUUCUUGGCGAAGAUGAAGAUAACAUUGAAUUGGAGCUGUUACAGGAGAAUGGAAUUUUGAAUUCAAAAAGCAAGCAAAUUGAUGGUGAGUCGCUAACGGGUAGAGAUGGGGGUUAUGACUGUUGUAAUGAAAAUGGGUUGAGGAGUGCUAAUGGGAUGCUAGAGGAUUAUAGGGGGUUGAAGGACAAUGGGCUUGUGGAUAUUAAUGGGCUUGUGGAAGUUAAUGGGUCAGGAGAAGAUGAUGUAGAAAGUUCUUUUAGUAAGAUGUCCAAGGACUCAAAGCAAAAAGGGGCAUCACGUGAUAAGGAGAAAAAGGCAGCAGACUUUUCGGGAAAAAGACAGAAAAGUGGCAGAAUUAAUAUGCAAGAGGUAAAGAAAAUGAUGUGCACUGGAAAAAGGCUUGGAAUGCAGUUCGAAGGUACCGAAGAGGAGGUGGAGUCACGGCUGUUGGAGCUGGAAGAGAGAGAUGAAAGCAGGAGACAGCAAGGGGGUUUAGGGAAUAUGGUGAAGAAGAGGGAGUUGGGUAGGCUAGUACAGGUAGAAAAACCAAAUUUGCUAUUCCUACAGGAGACCAAAUUAGAAGGGGUUGAAGAGGGUUUGUGUAAAAAGCUAUGGUACUCAAAUGAUUUUGAUUGGAUUAUGAAAAGUUCGAUUGGUGCUUCAGGAGGCUUGAUCUGUAUGUGGGAUAAAUCAUUAUUUGUUAAGUUGGGGGAAUUUACAAGAGAUGGGUAUCUGGGGAUAAAAGGGCAAUGGGGGGUAAAAAAGGAGGUAUGCUUUUUUGUGAAUAUUUAUGCUCCGAAUGAAAGGAAGAAAAAAGCUGCAUUAUGGGAUGAGUUGAGGCAGAGGAUUGUUGAGGAGGGUGGUCGGUGGAUGCUUACAGGGGAUUUCAACGCUGUUAGGAGUAUGGACGAAAGAAGGGGAAAAACAAGGGAGAGUGCCGAUAUGAAGGAUUUUGAUCUUUUUAUAGAGACGGCAAGGCUAGUUGAUAGCAAGUUGAUAAAUCAAAAGUUUACAUGGUAUAGACCAGAUGGCACAGCAAUGAGCAGAUUAGACAAGAUAUUGAUGACUGUGGAAAUAAGCAGUACGGGUGGUGAAUGGGUGCAACAAGGACUGAAAAGAAAUAUAUCGGACCACUGUGCGAUUGUUUUGAAAACAAGGACAACAGAUUGGGGACCCAAACCGUUUCAAGUUCUGGAUGCAUGGCAACAUCAUUCGAAGUUUAGAAAAGUUGUUGAAGACAAAUGGAAUGAACUGGUGGUGGAUGGAUUUGCAGCGAGCACUAUAGCAGAACUUGAUAUGAAGAACGAAGAGGUGGCAUUAGAAGAGGAAGAAUUGGAAGAACGACGACAAGGAUUCCAAGCGCUUUGGGAUAUUAUGAGGAAGAGGGAAUCCAUUUGGAAGCAAAAAUCAAGAUCCAAUUGGGCAAAAUGCGGGGAUGCAAAUUCGAGAUACUUCCACCAAAUUGCAAAUGGGAGAAAGGCUCAUAACAACAUUGUUGGCAUUUCGUGUGAUGGCAAGUGGAUGGAAGAGCUAGAGGAGGACUUUGUGAGAUUUUUUGAGGAGUUUCACCAGAAUGGCAGAAGCCCAACAGAGGAGUUUGCGAUGGGGAAAGGAUUACGACAGGGGGAUCCGUUAUCUCCAUUCCUUUUUCUCAUAGUGGCUGAGGGUCUGCAUGGACUAGUCAAAAAAGCAGAAGAGGAGGGAUUGCUACAAGGCAUCAUGGUGGGUAAUAAUGGCUUAGCUAUUUCUUUGCUUCAAUUCGCGAAUGAUACAGUGAUAUUGGGGAAAGCUAAUAGUGAGAGUCUUUUUACGGUUAAAACCAUUUUGAGAUGGUUUGAGUUGAUGUUUGGGUUGCGGAUAAAUUUUGGCAAAAGUAGUGUCUUUGGUUUCAACGUGGCUCCUCGAUGGAUUAAAGGGGCAGCAAGUGCUCUCCAUUGUGGUGUUGGGGAAACACCCUUUAUGUAUCUGGGUAUGCUUGUUGGGGGGAAGAGUGGGAGCUAGAAGAUGUGGGAUCCAGUUCUGCAUAAAUUUCAAGCUAAGUUAGCUGUCUGGAAGUCUGCUGAUGAGCUAAUUCCACUCUAGCAAGUGUACUAGUCCGUUCAAGUAAUAUAAUGAUGAAAAUAGAGUAUCGUCCCAUAGAGACCAUAGACUAAUUAAGUACCAAAAUUAAUGAAUUCUAAUUUUAUUU